AGUAUGUAGUGACCACCGCAAAAGCUCAUACCAUAAAUUUGCAGUGUGAGAAUUGUUAAAUAAACCACAAAGGCUCAAAUAAUAAAUUCUAAAACGCAAAAACUUUUUAUAACACGUAUUUUUUUGUUUUUAUAAAUAUAUUGAUAUUACGAUGCAGUGUGAACUCAUAAAUUUUAUACUACUUACGAUAUUGUGGCAAACUGCCUCACAGGGAAUAGGACCAGGACCAAAAAUGUUCGAAGCUAAUCCAGACACUAAGAGACUUUACGAUGAUCUACUAUCAAAUUACAAUCGUUUAAUUCGACCAGUCGCUAAUAAUACGCAGCCGUUGAUCGUUUGGCUAGGGUUAAAGUUAUCUCAACUCAUAGAAAUGAAUUUAAAGAAUCAAGUUAUGACAACAAACGUUUGGGUGGAGCAGAAAUGGUUCGAUUACAAACUACAAUGGAAUCCGGACGAAUACGGUGGUGUGAAAAUGCUGUAUGUUCCUUCAGAAAAUAUCUGGCUGCCAGAUAUUGUUUUAUAUAAUAACGCCGAUGGUAAUUACGAAGUAACCCUUAUGACAAAGGCGACAGUGACGUGGGAGGGUGAGGUCUACUGGAAGCCCCCGGCGAUCUACAAGUCAUCAUGCGAGAUAAACGUCGAGUACUUCCCCUUCGACGAGCAGUCCUGCCUCAUGAAGUUCGGAUCCUGGACUUACAAUGGAGCCCAAGUCGAUUUGAGGCAUAUGUUGCAGGCGAGUGGGAACAAUCUGGUGGAGAAGGGAAUUGAUCUCAGUGAUUUUUACAUGUCCGUGGAGUGGGACAUCCUGGAGGUGCCGGCAGCGAGAAAUGAGGAGUAUUACCCUUGCUGCACUGAACCCUAUACCGAUGUCACGUUUAAUAUUACUAUGCGGAGGAAAACACUGUUUUAUACGGUUAAUUUGAUUAUUCCCUGUGUGGGGAUCACUUUUCUGACGGUUCUGGUGUUUUAUCUGCCGAGUGAUUCCGGUGAAAAGGUUUCAUUGUGUUCAUCAAUUCUACUGUCUCUCACAGUGUUCUUCCUCCUACUUGCCGAAAUUAUCCCACCGACAUCACUAGCCAUACCACUACUCGGAAAAUACCUACUCUUCACCAUGAUCCUAGUGACUCUAUCGAUCUGGAUAACAGUUGUCGUGUUGAAUGUGCAUUUUCGAUCACCCUCGACGCAUUUCAUGUCCCACUGGGUUCGUGUCGUGUUUCUCAGUUGGAUGCCACAUUUACUGAUGAUACGCAGGACUCCUUAUUCAACGCCUGAGUACAGUGACAUGUUCUUGGAGACUGGGUAUUCCAAUGAAAUUGCUGAUUACAGUUACGGAGACAGUGUAAGCGAGUACACAUCAGACUUGAAGGAGAAUCCGGACGAGUUUGACAGAGUGACCCUGGCAUACAAGAACAUGGAGGACGACAAUGGCCACCACCACCACGACCGUGUCUCAUCGGAUCACGAGCACGACAACAUUCUCCUGAGGCACGCAUCCCCGGACGUUAUUUCCGCCCUGAAAGGCGUAUGUUUCAUCGCGCAGCACAUCAAAGAUGCUGACAAGGAUAACGAGGUAAUAGAGGAUUGGAAAUUCGCUGCAAUGGUUUUAGACAAAUUUUUCCUCUACCUGUUCACACUGGCCUGUACCGGUGGCACUAUUGGAAUAAUCUUCCAAGCACCAAGUCUCUACGACACUCGACCCUCACUCGACGAACAACGAACACCGGGAAUACCCAUACCUGGUGGACGAGACAUGCGAACAUUCGGUGUCAAUGAUCUCGACAUAAUUUUCCAUGAAACAUGAGAAUAUUUAUCAAUUUUAUAAUUGUUUUCAAUAAUAAUUUACCUCAAUAAAAUCCACGUUGC